GUCAAUAAAACAUGAUGAAAACUAAAUAAAAAUGACAUAAACAUCACUACGUUUCAGCAUACUCAAACCGAUUUCAAUGAUUCUAUUCAUAAUUAUCGGUUUCCUACCAUAUUUAUAUGGUGAGAUUGUGAGAAUUCCUCUCCACCCUUUGAAAAGAUCUGAUUCAUUGGUGGGACUUGGUGCGACUUACUUUAAGCCUUCGACGAGAAAAUGGAAGUAUGAAUGGAAUAAGCAGAAUACAUCUACACCGGAACAAUUGAUUAAUUAUGAAAACGUAAGUGUAUCAAUCAUGUUCAUAGUAUGAAAUCCAACUUAAUGUAUAUCUAAUAAGCAACACGAAAUAUGAAGACUUUCAUUCUUGUGUUUGAAAUAAACUAAGUGGACUAUUUUCCAAAAGUAACCACGAUGACACAGCGACGUAGAAGUUGAAGUUAUGGUGUUUAACUGUUGAAGUAUGCCUGUGAAAAUCGAUACAACGGAAUAUUGCUCAUUGAUAUAAUUCUCAACAGGCAAAGUAUCAUAGAUUCAUUGAAAAAUCCGGCAAUUUAAUCACCGAUACAAAUAACAAAAUAUCAUGACCAGAAGUGCAUAUUAUCUGAAAGUUAUUUCAAAUUAAAAGAAUUUUUAAGGUAUAGAAGAAUAAUUAUUAUUUGCAUAUCACACUGUCUAAAUGUUGAAUGCGAAAUAAUCUUUUAAUUUAGCUUCAGUAUUAUGGUGAGAUAUCAGUUGGAACUCCACCUCAAAAGCUACGAGUAUUGUUUGAUACAGGAUCCACUGACACAUGGUUAGCUUCAAGGAAGUGUUGGUUUCUUGAUAUAUUUUGUUGGAUGUUUUCAUUUUACGACAGCUCAAAAUCAUCCACUUACAGACCAAACGGUUCCAUUUAUAAUGUCCAUUAUUUAGACAGUGUGUACUCUGGAUUUUGGAGUAUGGACACUAUACGAAUAAACUCGUUGGAGAUUCAGAAUCAAGCGUUUGUUGAAGUGAGGAGUAUAUUUAAUCUCGAUUACUUAUCUGAUAAAUAUGAUGGAAUAAUUGGCAUGUCGACUAGACGGAUGUCGAAAUAUGGGAAUAUCCCAGUAUUCCCAAAUAUACUUCAGAAUUUUCCAAAUAUGGACCCAAUAUUUUCAUUUUAUUUAAGUCAGGAAAAUGGGACUUCGUUCGGUGGUGAAAUGGUACUUGGUGGUGUUAAUCCUGAAUAUUUUGAGGGAGAUUUGGAAUAUAUGCCGACCGUAAACAACAAUAUAUGGGCAGUUAGAAUGUCAAGGUAGUGUUUGAUCAAGUUCAAUAAGAUAUGUACAUCUCAAUCGCUUUCGGAAAGUGCAAAUUAACUUGUUGGAAAGUUUGUUUGGUGGAGUGAAGUUAUAUAUUGUUUUAUUUGUCUAAAUGAGGUGAAGCCGGAAAAUUGAUAUUAUUUGAACUGUUUUACGUAUUUGCAUAACUGAAGAACAUUCGAUUUCGAAACCCUUGAGAGAUUUUUUCUCGAUGGACAAUGUAUAUAUGUAUAUUUGAAUAUUGAUUUACGAGAAGUGUUUAAAGCAGAGCUAACCUCGUGACUAGGUCUCCAUGGUCUAGUACUGUAAGAUAAAAUUCAUGUUUCUUAUUGACUACUCUCAUGAUGAACGUAGUGCGUGGUCUGAGUAUUUGGGAGUUAAUGUAAAUCAACGGGCUUGUUCAUCAACCUACUACAAUAAAUCAACAUAAUUUUUCUUGGUAAUGUAUGAAAGGAGAAUAGAUCACGUUCAUCAAGCUUUAUAAAACGAAUGCCGCAAGAUGUGACUUGACAUCGAAUUGACUAAUUUUUCUGAAGUUACUAUAGAGGAUUUCUGUGGUGAUCCAUGUAGGAAGGUGAACUUCUGAAAUCUAGAGAGACUUCCCUUCCUCACCAACUCGAACACACAUCAGUCAAAUACACUGAGCCAAUCAAGUGAUCACUUUCUAUUCACCCAUCAUAUAUCCAACUGAGUUAUUAGUCUGAACAGUGCUUCAUAUUACGGUUACCAUUAUACUUGUUGACAAGUUGCAAUACCUAUUUGCGACACAACUUCAGUUAUUUGGCAAGCUCACAGGUAAACCUGUUUCAAACGAUACUGUGUGAAGUGUUGUCAACUUCUUACUUGAAAUGAAAGAACACGGUCACCUUAAAAGUGAAAUGAAUGUGCUCAAUCUGUCAGUGAGUUCAAACUAGGACGAUAAUAUUGCAGUUCAUUACGCUAGCUACAUGAAAGUAUUAUAAUUGGAGAUAUAAUUAUUAAGUGAAGAUGACUGUUGGAUGAAUGAUACACUGAAUGGUUUAUAAAUAAGUCUGUUCAUGAUCUAGUCUGGUGUUUCACAAGAGAAUUUACAAAGCGGUUACAUUUAUUCAACUUUUCUACUAUUUGUAUUUUGCCCCUUUCAUAUUUCUUCUUAUUUACAACUGUUAUUUUGCAACUACAUUAGGUAACGUUAUUUGCUUCUGGAAUGAUUUGUGCUUGUUUGUCAACUCACCCUCGAUGUAGUUCAUGUAUAUCGCUAGAAUAUCACAUUUGAAGUGUGAUUUUGCUCAGAAUUUCUAACAAGUUAACAAGUAUUUAUGAUUUUUAUGCAAAAAAUUGCUAGGGUUGAUUACGUUUUUAAACUGUCAAUUCAGUUCUUCCUAUAUCCAUUAUUGUUCCUUAGUUAUGUUAUUGUGUAGUAGUAAGUAGUUCAUGUUAUCAACGGACAUUUUUGAACGUGUUUUUCAUAGAGUCGGUUUAUUGGUUCGUGAGAUAUACCUAAAUAUUUACAGGUGCGCUAGGCAUUUCAUCCAUUUUAUUGCUGUAAUUGUAUUUCUCCACAAUUCUCAAGUAAUUUUAUUUAUUUCACGUGUAGCUCGAUGUAAUUUAAUUUAUUUGCAACAACUUCCAAAUUUAGCGUUGACUAGCUCUCAGUUUAUUUUUCGGUGAAUGACGUUAUUUGGGUUUGUCAAAGGUCAUUGAUUCUACCUAGUUGAUCAUUUAUUAUGCAUAUUGUUUCUUGUUUGGGCGUUCAGAGGACUCAACGUUGAUUGUGGUAUGAGCGGCUACUCAUACCUUGAAGUCCUCACGAUUUGACGUUUAUAGUUACUACUGUUCAUGUCGUCUUGCCAUUAUUAGUAACGUAUUUAACAGAUAAAUGUCUUGUUUUUAUUUUGGCAUUUCACACGUGACUCACUUGUUUGGUGAGAAAUCAACAGUUACACUGCCUUGAAUGCGGAUGUCAUUAGGAAUAUCAACACCAACAAAUAGACGCAUUCGUUCAACGAACUGUAUCAAGAAUGAAAUGUAUGAUCAUUAUAAGUCGCUAAACAAAGUUGAUUUAAAAAGUGUUUCAAUAACCUGACUCAGUGUUCGUUUUUCAAAAUAAACUGCUUUUGUUUGUUUUUUUGGCUAGCUCUACAUCUUGCUUUUUUAAAAAUGUUUUGAUGUACAUUCAGCUUGAUGAUAAAUGAUAUUGAGUUUUGUAAUGGAUGUACUGCUUCUAUUGAUACUGGGACAUCAACGAUUAUUGGUGGAAGAGAGCAAGUGACAAGAAUCAACACAAUGCUUGGUAUUUCCUAUCAAUUUGGUAGAAGAAAUUUCCUUGACUGUAAACGAAUCGACAUGCUGCCUCCUGUCGAGUUUAUCUUUCGUAAAAAGAAGUACAUAUUGGAACCACAAGAUUAUGUUAUUAAGGAGGACUUUUGGUUUAAAACAGUGUGUUCGUCACCUUUUGACAUUGAUGAUUCUUUACCACCGAAUUUUUGGGUUCUCGGUGACGUUUUUAUGAGAAGAUUCUAUACCGUAUUUGAUUUCGGUCAGAAACGUAUUGGAUUAACUUAUGUUUUAAAUAAGAAGAAUGAAACAAGAAUUUAAUUAAACAGUAAUAUGUUGCUAAAAUAUAGAAAUUACAAUUGUGUGUACAACAGUGAAUGAAAUAUAAAUACAAAAUUUAUAGCAAAUUUGAAUCCGAUAGAUUAUUAAGAGAUUCCUCAUACUGAGAUUUUUUCGUAGUAUGUCUUUUAAUUCUGUUAAUUAUUUUGCAUUUCGAAUAUGUGUUUUUAUUAGUGUACUGUCAAUGUGUUUUCUUGUUUAUCACUUACGUAUUGAACGUCUGCCUGAAUUACAUACGAGCAUAAAUAAAGAUUUGUGCUCCGAUUUGGCUCUUGUGCCAAUCCCUGUUUCAUUUGUAUGUAUAUCCGCUUGCUCUGUUUACUAGCACCACUGAAUUUUGUAUUAGAAUCCUUACGUAACGUGAAUAUUGUGUUUAAUAAACAAGUGGUUACACUGUACACUGUAUACGGACGAAUUUCAACAAAGUUAUGCCUUUCAAAUGCAUUAUUACGGUGUAUGGGAAUGUACAUAUCGACAACGUAAGCGCGAAACCCACAUUUGCAUCCUACAUACAAAUAAUGGCUGUUUUAUUAAUUGUAGUGCUUUUGAAAGCUAUGGUACAGUGAAAGAGGUAGUUCUUUGAAAAACAUCUAUAAUGCAUUUCAUUCUUACUUUCUAACAGGUGUGGUCCAUUAUCGUAAUCCUCUUCUUUUCCUUCAUACAUUGCAGCAGAGGAAUAUUAUACUUACGGGAAAGGAAAUUGAUAGGUUGGGAUGGUAUUAAAUCUGCAUUUUCACGUGAAAACUGACUGAAUCGCCCAAAUAACCAUGAAAAACAAACAGCGUUACUGUACGAUUAGACUCUAAAGAUACGUUAACGAAGACAAACGAAUUCAUCUGAUCAGUAGACUAUGCAGCUUGAAGAAGUGAAUCAUGCUAAAGAACCCCUGAAGCGAGUUAAGGAAGAUGUUUUGCACCUUAAAACUCAACCUACUAGUGUUAUUUUCAUGAUCAUUUUCACAUUCGACUUCACAAUUUUCUGUUUGUUCCCAUAUAUCUAGAUAUUCUCUAGGAUGAGAAGUAGAGCAUUCAUAAAUCACUUGACACGUUUUUGUUUGCCGAGUAAUAUAGACGGUAACAAUGAUUCUUAUAAUACAUUAGAAACAAAAUGUCAUACCUCAUUAUCUGAAGUGCGAACCUCUAUUA